UCGGUGUCCCGCGGGGCGAGCGCGGCCAUGGCGCUUCUGCUCUCGGUGCUGCGCGUGUUGCUGGGAGGCUUCUUCGCGCUCGUGGGGGCGGCCAAGCUCUCGGAGCAGAUCUCGGCUCCAGUAUCCGAGCGGAUGAAAGCCCUGUUCGUGCAGUUUGCUGAGGUGUUCCCGCUGAAGGUGUUUGGCUACCAGCCAGAUCCCCUGAGCUACCAAACAGCUGUGGGCUUCCUGGAACUGCUGGCUGGGUUGCUGCUGGUCACAGGCCCACCGAUGCUGCAAGAGAUCAGUAACUUGUUCUUGAUUCUGCUCAUGAUGGGGGCCAUCUUCACCUUGGCAGCUCUAAAAGAGUCACUAAGCACCUGCAUCCCAGCCAUCAUCUGCCUGGUGUUCCUGCUGCUGCUGGAUGUCGGCCAGCUCUUAGCCCAAACUAAGAAGGUGGUCAGACCCACUUAGGAAGAAGACUCUAAGUACAUUCAAGGAAUCCUGGAAGUAGAGCAUCUCUGCCUCUUUGUGCCAUGCAGCUGUCACAGCAGGAACAUGGUAGAACACAGUCUGUCAUCGUGUUACCAGUAUAAUAUCCAGGGUCAGCCAGUGUUGAAAGAGACAUCUUGUCUACCUGGCCCUGCUUUCUCUUUUUAGCUUUACUACUCUUUUGUGAGGAGUACAUGUUAUACAUACUAACGUUCCUCAUGUCAUAUGAAAAUACAAAAUAAGCAAAAAAGAAAUUUAAAUCAACCAAAAUUCUGAUGCCCCAAAUAACCACUUUUAAUGCCUUAGUGUAACUAUACCUCUGAACUUUUUUCUGUGCCUUUAAACAGAUAUAUAUAUAUAUAUUUUUUAAUGAAAAUGAAACCAUAUAUCCUAUUUUAUUCCCUCCUUUUAAAACCUAAUAUACUAUAAGACCA